AUGGCCCCGACAUCUCACUUCUGGGACGAAUGGGAGCACAACUACGCACCUGUCGGCAAUGACAUCACGCUACACUAUAUCGACGUCGGUCCUCGCGACGCCAUCCCGGUCGUGCUCGUCCACGGAUGGCCCGAUCUAUGGUUCGGUUGGCGAUACCAGAUCCAAGCGCUGUCUAAAACGCAUCGAGUCAUCGCGCCGGACUUGCGCGGAUUCGGUCGCAGCUCAAUUCCCCAAACCGUCGAAGGCUACGGCACCGAGAAGGUGACGGGGGACCUCGCCGGACUGCUGGACUUUCUCAACAUUCCUCGCGCUGUGUUUGUGGGCCACGACUGGGGUGGUGCAUUGAUCUGGCGCAUGUGUUUGUUCCACCCGGAGCGCGUUAUCGCUGCAUGUGGUAUCUGCACGCCGUACUUCCCGCAAGGCGAUGCCUGCGUGGAGUACGACAAGCUCAUCCCCGCGAUCCCUCAGUUCUCGUACAUGAAGCUCCUCGGAGACUCGGAACGAGCGGCUAAACUGCUUGAUAAGGAUCCGCGUCGCAUUUUCACGGCCAUAUAUCGUAAAUACGACGAGUUCGCGGAGGAUUUCGAGUUUUUAAAGAUGGUGGAAGACGUCAAUGACUCCACCGACUCCGUGUACACGCAGCGUUCCGAGUUGCUGUCGGACGCUGAGUUGGACUACUACGUAGCCGAGUACUCGCGUUCGGGAUUCUUCGGAUCAUGCAGCUACUACUCGCAACGCAAGCGCGACUUUGAGGAUGAGAAGGACUUGCCUCGUGUGAUCAAACAUGAAGCGCUCUACGUUGGCGCUGUGGACGACCCUAUUCUCAAACCUGAGCUGGCUGCAGGCAUGCCUCGCGUGAUGCCUAAUCUCACGCAGGAACUGGUGCACGGCGGUGGCCACUGGCUACUAUGGGAGAAGAAGGACGAAGUGAUUAGCAUCCUCCAGCGCUGGCUGAAGAACCUGGAUUUGUCCAAGACUGCGGCAGGUCUAUAA